CUCGUGGGAGGAGGCAGCUGGACGAUUCCUGAACGGACUUCCCCUUGCUUCCUCAGCAGGUGGAAGAGAGCCCACGCGGCGCCUGGAAAUGGAAAGCCAGUGAAGGCUGCUUUGGGCCGGGGCAGCGGGUGGGACCCGGCGGGAGGGAUUCCAAAGAGACCGCCGGGAAGGCUAGAGCUUGGAAUUCCGGCUCCUCGGAGUCCUGGCCCUCCCCCACCGCCGCCUCGGAGCUCGGCACACCUUGGAUGGGGGAGGCGGGCAGCUCCUAGCCCCGCACCCCAGGAGGCGCGCUCGGAGGGAAGCCGCCACCGCGCCGCCUCUGCCUCGGCGCGGAACAAACGGUUAAAGAUUUUGGGCAGCGCCUCGCGGGGGGAGGAGCCAGGGGCCCAAUCCGCAAUUAAAGAUGAACUUUGGGUGAACUAAUUGUCUGACCAAGGUAACGUGGGCAGCAACCUGGGCCGCCUAUAAAGCGGCCGCGCCGUGGGGUUUGGAGAGCUGGCGGCGGCGGCAGGUGGCGCGGGAGGUCGCGGCGCGCCAUGGGGCUCCCGGCGCUGCUGGCCAGUGCGCUCUGCACCUUCGUGCUGCCACUGCUGCUCUUCCUGGCUGCGAUCAAGCUCUGGGACCUGUACUGCGUGAGCGGCCGCGACCGCAGUUGUGCCCUCCCAUUGCCCCCCGGGACUAUGGGCUUUCCCUUCUUUGGGGAAACCUUGCAGAUGGUACUGCAGCGGAGGAAGUUCCUGCAGAUGAAGCGCAGGAAAUACGGCUUCAUCUACAAGACGCAUCUGUUCGGGCGGCCCACAGUGCGGGUGAUGGGCGCGGACAAUGUGCGGCGCAUCUUGCUCGGAGAGCACCGGCUGGUGUCGGUCCACUGGCCAGCGUCGGUGCGCACCAUUCUGGGAUCUGGCUGCCUCUCUAACCUGCACGACUCCUCGCACAAGCAGCGCAAGAAGGUGGGGGCGGGAGGCGACGGAUGGACAGGGAGGGGGACCCCAUUUAUGACAGGAAUUCCGGCUGGUGGAUGCUGGGCGCGGGCUAGCAGCUUGAUGUUGGCUGGGACCUUCUGCCAGCUCCAGGUGAUUAUGCGGGCCUUCAGCCGCGAGGCACUCGAGUGCUACGUGCCGGUGAUCACCGAGGAAGUGGGCAGCAGCCUGGAGCAGUGGCUGAGCUGCGGUGAGCGCGGCCUCCUGGUCUACCCCGAGGUGAAGCGCCUCAUGUUCCGAAUAGCCAUGCGCAUCUUACUGGGCUGCGAACCCCAACUGGCGGGCGACGGGGACGCCGAGCAGCAGCUUGUGGAGGCCUUCGAGGAAAUGACCCGCAAUCUCUUCUCGCUGCCCAUCGACGUGCCCUUCAGCGGGCUGUACCGGGGCAUGAAGGCACGGAACCUCAUUCACGCGCGCAUCGAGCAGAACAUUCGCGCCAAGAUCUGCGGGCUGCGGGCAUCCGAGGCGGGCCGGGGCUGCAAAGACGCGCUGCAGCUGUUGAUCGAGCACUCGUGGGAGAGGGGAGAGCGGCUGGACAUGCAGGCACUAAAGCAAUCUUCAACCGAACUCCUCUUUGGAGGACACGAAACCACAGCCAGUGCAGCCACAUCUCUGAUCACUUACCUGGGGCUGUACCCCCAUGUUCUCCAGAAAGUGCGAGAAGAGCUGAAGAGUAAGGGUUUACUUUGCAAGAGCAAUCAAGACAACAAGUUGGACAUGGAAAUUUUGGAACAACUUAAAUACAUCGGGUGUGUUAUUAAGGAGACCCUUCGACUGAAUCCCCCAGUUCCAGGAGGGUUUCGGGUUGCUCUGAAGACUUUUGAAUUAAAUGGAUACCAGAUUCCCAAGGGCUGGAAUGUUAUCUACAGUAUCUGUGAUACUCAUGAUGUGGCAGAGAUCUUCACCAACAAGGAAGAAUUUAAUCCUGACCGAUUCAUGCUGUCUCACCCAGAGGAUGCAUCCAGGUUCAGCUUCAUUCCAUUUGGAGGAGGCCUUAGGAGCUGUGUAGGCAAAGAAUUUGCAAAAAUUCUUCUCAAAAUAUUUACAGUGGAGCUGGCCAGGCAUUGUGACUGGCAGCUUCUAAAUGGACCUCCUACAAUGAAAACCAGUCCCACCGUGUAUCCUGUGGACAAUCUCCCUGCAAGAUUCACCCAUUUUCAUGAGGAAAUCUGAUGAGCUUGAAUGCUCAAACCUCAGACUUACUGCAAGUGUACAUAUGAGUUUUUAAGGCGUGUUGUGUUGACUUUAUAUUUAAUUUCUAAAUGUAUAUUAUAAUAUUUAUGUGUUUUGACUAUAUUACCACAAUCUUUAAAUAUUAAAAUAAUGAAUUUGUAUUAUUUCCAAAUAAAGUAAAAUUUGAAGGUA